AUGUCUCUGGCGGUGGAGCAGACCCUUCCACCACCCAUGAAGGCUGAGGUGGAUUCACCCCGAAGCGAGGGCCACGCAGCAGGACCUCUUAACAUGGACGCCGUCCCCAGUCGGGCCGCCCGUCUUGAGGAGACUCUCCUCGCUGCCUCCCAGCCCAUCAAGAAGCAGAAGAACCUCCCCUCGGCGGCAGCAGCAGCAGCAGCAGCAGCAGCAACUUAUGACUCCAUGCAGAGCCAGUACUACGACACAAUGGACGUCCAGGAGAUCACAACACCCACCUCAGACCACCAGGUCGUCGAGGAGCAGGCACCCGUCCUGCCACCGAAGAGUGCUCUGAGAGCGUCCCGGAUGCUGGACGGUCUGGUCGGCCUCAAGAUCGUGGCGCCCGUCGACCCUCCAGCGUUCAGCCAGACCCCUCAUGACGAGUACCUCUCCUCCGAAGAGGAGGCGUCUGCUACCACGGAUGACUUCUCAGACUUCGAGUACGAGUCCAGCAGCGACGACCUGUCACCGUCACCCGCCGAGGACGGCAGGAAGCAUCAGGUCACGGCCAGGGUGGUGUCUGUCAUCUUCUCAGGGAAGCCCUCCAUGAUCCAGGUACCACAGAACCGGCGAUCGCUCUCACCGACCUCAAUCGAACACCUCGAGAACAGCAACAAGCUGCGGCAAGCAGCCUCCCACAACGACGAGAUGGAGGUGAAGAGCAGGAGGAGAAUGUCCACCUCGACGACAUCCUCCCGGUUGUCUGCACACUCAUUCUCGCGCCCUGCCCACCUGCUCAGGAGCAGCAGUAUGCAGCCUCCUGGGACAUCAUCGAGACCGAACCUUCCCUUCCUGAAGGUCGACCCCUUUGCCAACGGCAGCACAUACUCGCUGGGCAACACACAAGGCGAAGUCAACUCCACCAGGGAGGCUUAUGUGCCUCAGGAGGUAGUGAGGUCGGAGGUGAAAGUGCCGGCGGAAGAGGACCGGCCCAAGACACCAAAGACACCCACCAAGAUGUUCAAGGGCGUCGCCAGGGCCAUGAGCCUCAUGAAGAGGAGAAGCGUCCCGAGGAUGAACCAGGCUUUCCUGGCACUGGGCGAGAUUGGCGGCCGACCUGGCUCACCGUCAGAAGCCAGCAUCACAGAGGAGGACGCCGAGCCACCAAUUUCCAUGGAGCAGCUGCCGGCCAAGGAGCCCCAGGAGACAUCGCCGCCGUUGAGGCGGAUGGAGACACGAAGCGAGAGGGCGGUGACACCACCAUCGCCCCCUACGCGGUCACCGCCUCGCCCACAAUUGGCGCCCAUCACGCACGACGAGAUCGUCAGGAUAGCGGAGAGAAACGCGAGGAUGGCAAAACACAUGUCCGUCACCCGGACAUUCCAGGGCGAGCACGGGCUUGAGUCACCUAUCUCGCCCAUGUCGCCCCUGACGACACCCAGCCCCCUCACGCCUAACAAGCGUGCAUCUACAUUCACUUUCGGCCGGAGGCGGAUGAGCGUCAAGCUCCCAGGGAAGCUUCAGCUGUGA